CAGCAACAGCAGCAGCAGAUGCAGCAACAGCAGCAAAUGCAAUAUCAACAACAGUUGCAGCAACAGCAGCAAAUGCAAUACCAACAGCAGAUGCAGCAGCAACAGCAGAUGCAAUAUCAACAGCAGAUGCAAUACCAGCAGCAGAUGCAGCAGCAGCAUCAGUAUCAGCAGAUGCAGAUGCCUGGACAGGUGCAAAUGGGAGAUCCCAUGCAGCAGCAGGCCAUGAUGCAGCAGAUGCAGAUGCAGCAGAUGAUGGCACAGGGCGGUCACUGUCAGCCCGGCUACAUGCCCAUGGAUGUGGGACAGGUAUAUCCACAGCAGAUGGGUAUGCAGUAUGGCUGUCAGCAAGGCGGAGAUCCCAUGGCGGCCAUGGCCCAGGGGCAGAUGGUACAACCGGGAUGUCAGGCCGGUGGAUGUCAGCAGCAAAGCGUUCAAUUGCAACCGGUACAGGCUCAACCUCAAGCUCAAGUAGAGCCCAGUGCGCAAGCGUCUCUUCCUCCUGCUCAGCCCAAAGCUGCGGCCCUUCCGGACAGACCAGCAGCACCAGCAGCACCAGCAGCCGCAGCCGCGGAGCCAGCACCCGCGGAACCAGCGGCAGAAGCGGCUGCAGAAGCACCGUCCAAGACGGUGAGCGAAGCGGGUGAAGCGGGUGAAGCAACGGCAGCAACGGCAACGCCAGUGGAGGGGAAGGAUGAAACACCUCACCCAGCGGGGUCUGAAGUCGCGCCGGAGACGACGUUGGAGUCUGUACCUCCUGCAGUGUUGGAGGCCAAACCCAAACCCAAAAGUAAGUGGGAUCAAGGUGCUCCGGAAGACGGCGCCCCCCCGGGCCCACAAGGCCCACAAGGCCCGCAGGGCCCGCCGGGCCCGCAGGGCCCGCAGCCACUGACCCCUGGCCCCGUGCAACAGAUGGGCGCGGUGGAUCAGAUGCAGCAACAGCAGCAGAUGCAACAGCAGCAGAUGCAGCAGCAGCAGAUGAUGCAGCAGCAACAGAUGCAGCAGCAACAGAUGCAGCAGCAGCAAAUGCAGCAACAGCAACAGUUCGAAUAUCAACAGCAGCUUCAACAGCAGCAGCUUCAGCAGAUGCAGGCACAGCAGAUGAUGAUGGGACAGGUUCCCCAGCAAGGCUAUGUGCAAUAUGCCCCUGAUGCCUGCGGAUGCCAAAUGGCGGGCCAAAUGCCACAGCAGUAUGGAUACGUGCAGCAGGGUGUAGGGAUGGCUACUAUGGCUGCUUCCGAUCCCAUGGCCGCCUACUAUGCUGCUGGGGUGGCACAACCCUCUGCCGCUUAUGGCAUGCAGGGCGUUCCCUCGGGCAUGCAGAUGCAGCAGAUGCAGCAAACCAUGCAACAGGGCUGCCAGGGUCCCGGAGACGGAAAGCACUACGGCACGGUGAAAGUGGUGAAUGCCGAGAAAGGUUUUGGCUUCAUCAGCUGCGCGACCUUACAGUCGGAUGUGUUCUUCCUACGUGCUGAGCUGCUUCCAGAACUGCAAGCCGAGGAGCGUAACUUCAUCGGAAAACCGGUGGUCUUUGAGCUGCAGACGGGGAAAGAUGGCCGACCGCGGGCGAACAACGUCCGAAGCUGUGCCAUGGAGUUGGUGCACCAAGCAAUGCAAAGAAGCCAGGGUUCGAUCAUCGAAGGGACAAUCAAAUCCUACAAUGACCGGCAUGGCUAUGGGUUCAUCAGUUCCCAGCAGCUGCAACGGGACGCACAGUUCAAGACAGCGGAGCUCACCAUGGAUUUGCAGACCAUGGGGCCUUCGCUGGUUGGUCGAGCAGUGGAUUGUCAGGUGCAAGCUCUGCCUGACGGCAAGCUGAAGGCAACUCACAUUGCACUGAAGCAAGGUGCCUGUGGUUGUGGGGCCGGCUGCGGCUGCGGGCCCUGUGGUGCCUGCAACGGUUGCGACACGGGAGCCUGCGGCGCCUGCGGCGCCUGCGGCAGCCAGCCUUCCAGAGUACGUGGCGUGAUCUACAGCUUUGAUCCUAAUAGUCGAUUUGGUGUCAUCAAUGCUCCUGGAGUGGCGCAAGAAGUGCACUUCUACGAGAGCACGGGGCAAAACUUGGCCCCCGGCACUGAGGUGAACUUUGCGCUGCAAGUGCUACCAGAUGGGAGCACACAGGCGGUGGAAGUCGCCAUUGGCCCGGCCAUGCAAAAUGCUCCAGAUGCGGGGCAGAUCACUGGAUCGGUGAAAGUCUUCAAUGACUCCAGAGGCUAUGGCUUUAUCAGCGCCCCUGGGCAUCAGCAGGAUAUUUACUUCCAGCGCCGGGACAUGGAUGAAGCUUCGCAGACCUUGCUGACGAUGCUGGGAGGUCCUGGCAUUCAGAACUGCACAGCCCACCUUCGGAUGGAGGCCUUGCCUGAUGGCCGCUGGCACGGGCGCAUGGUGAACCUGGCAGAGGCGGGUGCCACUCUCUUCGAGAAUGCCUCUGUGGCCGGCAUGAUCCGAACUUUCUCGGAGGGCACUGGGGCUAUCAAUGUCCCUGGAGCACAGGGGCUGGACCUCAUGUGCAGCCAGAGUGACCUGUCCUUAGAGCUGCAGAACAAGCUGCGGCAGGGCGGCGCUCUGGCGGGCACCACCGUGUGGUGCCGCCUCAGUGCGGUGAACGGCCAAUGGCACGCCAAAGAGGUCACCCAAGCAGGUGAUGGCAUGCCGAAAGCCGAGGGAAGCAAAGGUGCUGGCAAGGGCUUGAUGAAGGCCGAAAAGAAAAUCAUCCCCAAGGCAGAACUGCUGGGAACCAUGAAGGCCUGGAACCACGAGAAAGGUUAUGGCUUCAUGUCCGUGGAGGGUCAACAGUUGGAUGUUUACUUUCAACCCUACGACCUCAUGGAGAGUUUGAAGCAGCGCUUCGACGCAGCAGGUCCAGAAGGCUGCGGCAUAGCUCCUGGUGUGGUGAUGCAUUUUUGGCUACAGUUGAUGCCUGGCACGGGGCGAUUCAGAGGUCGCAACGUCUCUCUGGCUCCACCCGGCACUCCGGCCAGUGAUGCCAACUCGGUAACUGAAGCGAUUCGAGCCGCGCAAGUGGUCUUUGAUGAGGAGACGGCCGCGACACCAGUCGUGGGAGGUGCUACUGUUCCUCCAUCCGCUGCAUCGUCCAUCUUGGUGGAUGGCGCAGAGCUCUCCGGUGAAGUGAAAACCUUCAACCCUGGACAGGACAACAAGGGUUUCGGCUUCCUGACUGCGGAGGGUGACGCCACGGAUGUCUACUUCCAGACAAAGGAUAUGAGACCAGAAGAUCAGCAACAGCUGUUGCAGCCAGGCUUCCAACUCAUGGGCAGACGCGUGUGGUUUUGGGUCGAAAUGCUGGAUGGCGGAAGGACGGGUCGAUGGAGAGCACACAAUGUGAGUCUCUCGUCGGAGGGCGGCAAGCGCCCGGCCGGCCGUGCAGUGGAACCCCCAGCGAAGCGACAGAAGGUUGAUGGUGAAAGGGUCGCUCAACCUGGGGAGCGCCUCAAGGGAACCGUCAGUAGCUUCGCAGCCGAGUUGGGUGGGACGCUAUCAUCCUCAGGACUUCAGGUCCCCAUCACCUUCCAAAAAGAUCAGCUACCAAGUGGCACUGAGAGUGUUCAACCCGGACAAAGUGUCGAGUUUGAACUGAUAAAGAUUGAUGAGAACCAAUUUGCCGCCAAUAACCUCAUCUUGGUCUCCUGAGCGAUGAGAUGUGAACACGGAUGAGCUGCCAUGCUGACUAGUGCCAAAAAAAUCGUGAACAUCUGCGGCUUUGAAUUGUGG